UUUUUCGUCACACAAAAACAGAAACAUGAUGGAGCAUCGGAACAAGAGUUUGGAAAAACAAGAAACAGAAGAAGAAUGUGUGGGUGACGAUGAGGAAGAACCGGAGGUUGUCAUACGUACAGCCAUUCACUACCUGAGAGAAUUCGUGACAGCAAAAGGCCACAGCCUUAACAAUGUCACAAGCCUGCCGAACACUCAACUUGCAGAAUACCUCAAAGAGUUCUAUACGUCUGUUAAGAAUCGUGAUGAUGUUCCAGAAUCUAUAUCCCUCAAAUAUAUUAGAGCAGGGCUACAAAGAUACUUUGCAAAGAAAUCAAACAUUGACAUUCUCAGAGAUAAAUCAUUUGAUCACGCUAAUGCGGUUUUUGAUAUAACAAUUAGACAGACACCAAGGAGGUGCCACCGGCUCCUUAUUGAUUCAGAUGACCUGAAACAUAUAUAUCUAGGUCCAGCCAUGAACACAGAUCAACCUGACACACUACAGAACAAGGUUUUCUUUGAUAUAAACCUGUAUAUAUGCAACAGGGGGAAAGAUUUCUUACGAGUAAUGUCCAAGAUUGAUUUCGAAGUUUCGACAGAUACUGAUGGAAGAAAAUAUGUAUGGCUAAAAUAUCACCCUAAAUUUAGCUUCAAAGAAUUAGUUGGAGGGUUAUCAGACAACGAACCAGUCAUGCAAGGUUCACAGGUCGGAGAGAAAAUGUAUGAAAGACCAGGUGACCAUAGGUGUCCUGUUGCAUCUUUUCUGAAGUAUGUUUCCCAUCUUCAUCCAAUGACUGACAUGUUUUGGCAGAGACCGAAGCGUUCCUUUGUAGCAUCAGAUUUGGUCUGGUAUGACAAUACUCCACUUGGAAAUAGUACACUAAGUAAGAUUAUGACAAGGAUGUGUUCCAUGGCUGGCUUAACAGAAAACUACACAAAUCAUGCAAUCAAAAGCACUUACAUCCCACUCAUCGAGAAAAUGUGUAAGGAUGCCCUAAAAAGGUCUACUCUACUUGACCUCAGAAGAAUUAAUUCUCCGUUGACAAGAUCCAAAGGUUCAGAAGAUGCAUGUAUGACAGAUGUGUCAUCUGUUUGUUCCGAUGUUAAAGAUGAGGAGGAGAUUUCAAAUUCUGGAUUGAGGCAGGCAAAAAUGAAAGUAUUGGAAACAGUACAUGGGUUAGAGGUGAAAGACAUACGCACUUUUGUAGACUGGUUAAAGACAUUCCGUGUAGAAUUAGAUGGAGGAGGUUUAGUUGUAAUGUGUAGUCCAGUAGAUCAGUCACGUCAGACUAGUAUGGAUUCCCGCCAAGGAAGUUUUGAUGACCCAAGAUCACGACAAAAUAGCAUGGAUGAUUUCAACAGAAGCAUUGAUUCACCAUCCAGGAAUGACAAUCGUUUGCCAAAUGGCAAUCAGCUCCUAGGAUCAUCGAGUCCAAUCCAACCAAAACGAGGAGUAUCACCUUCACCUCUUAUUAAACCUACAAUAAGCUUGACAAAAGCAGACAGCAUUGAAAAAUCAGACAAGGAAUUUAGUGUUUCGGUCAGACAGUUUGACUUUGAUACAUCUGUGGGAACACAUUGUGCAUCUAUGGAAAAUUUGAAAAUGACGGUGCCUUCCCAAGAUACUGUUUUAAUGACAGGGGUACCAGAAAGUGUACAAGUACUGGUUCACAACAGAGAUGGAUCCCCUAUGAUAUCAGAACCAGUCCAGUCUAGAUUAUUUUAUUCCAGCAAUGAUAUGGAUAUUGCUGUAGUGUCAGCUUUACUGGGAGAGAGGAAUAACCUCAAAAAUAACUUUCCAAAUACAGGUGCAGAGAAAUCAGACUACUAUUCAAAGUUACUAGACAAAUUUAAACCUAUGAAAAAAAGGAGUCUGUCGGACCUGGUUGCAGGGACCAAGAUAGAUGGUGAUGAUGAUCCUGCAAAGAAAAAAUUUGCCUCCACUGAGGGACUGGAACCCAUUCAUGCAUCCAAGGCAACUCAAUCGCAGCCUGUACCAAAGCCUGUAACAAUUAAUACUCAGUUACUACCUGUGAUGGUCUCACAACCAUCUCAGCUACUGCCAAGACACCUUCUACCAUCCAAGUCUAUAAACGCUCAGCCUGUACCCCUGAUGAUUUCUCAUCAUCCAUUAAUGGGAAAUACCCAACCAAUGCCAUUAAUGACAACUGAACCAGUUUCAGUACAUACGCAGUCUAUGUUAACAAAAGCUCCAACUUUUCAACACUUCAUUCCCAACAAAAGUAUGUACAAAAGGGAGGAUAAUCCUGCAUAUUUUCCAGUUCGCCCAGGACUGAUGAAAAUGAAAAUGGAUCCAAAACCAAAAUGAAAAGUUUCCAAUAUCAUUUGUUGGAAGUCUAUUGUUGCAGUGUUGCUGGUAUUUCAUUUUUAGGAGUUCCAGACAGUAACAAGUUUUAGCAGAGAAAGGAUUCAUGGGAUGAGAUCAUUUCAUUUGGGAAAUGAUGGCAAUGUUCUGUGUUUUUAAGAGGUGUGGUCAAUAUUUUUUUCUGUGUUGUACACAGAAGGGCUAAUUUGUUUUCCAUUGUGCGGUAUGUGAAGGUGGGAGGCAGGAAAAAAGACAGUUACAGACAAAAUGUAUGGUUUGCAUUCAGCUUGACAGAAGCAGAAGAGAAAGAUUUAUCAGUGAAUGAAUUUUUUGUGAAGUUUAAAAUGUGAACAAAUAUUCUGUUGUAAGAAUUUAAAGGUGAUUUACUUUGAUUGUGAUAACGAAGUGAUGAUAACAUGAAAUUAUUUUAAAGUAAUGUUGUAGUUACAUGUAGUUUAAGUGUUUACCAUUUGUUUUUAAUGACAGAGAGUGCAAUUAUAAUUUAAAUGAAGGGUUUAUUUUAAGGAGUAAGAAAGAUAUACAUAUUUGUAUAUUAAACUUUUGUUUUCUUGCUUUUGUUUCCAGAUUCUAUUUUUGAUGCUUAUUUUUUGUUAUGGUUAUUGUUGUAUAGUCCAUUUCCUUUUGAUAUUUUUGUAUUUAAGUAAAACAUUUUUAAAUAUUGUCCAUUGUUAAGCAUAUGCAUUUUUAAUAGCAAUUUUGUGUAUUUGUGCUUGAUAUUCAUCUUUUAUGAUGUCAUUUACCUCAAACUGUCCUAAAGUUGUCUGCUUUUUUUUUAAGCCUAACCAUGAAUUAGGAAUUUUGAAGAGUUGAUGUGAUGUUCAAUGUUUGGUACCAUUUAUUUUUUUACUGCAAAUGAAGUGACCGUAGCCAAAAUUUAGAGUUAAUAGUGAGGCAAAAAUCUUUUUUUAAUAGAAUAUAUUUUUUUCAAAUUUUUAAAAGUAGAAAAAUUUAAAUCUCUUUGAAAUUAAGUAACAGUACUUUAGUUGAAGAGUUGCCACCAUCAAUUAGGAAUUUUACCGUCACAACUGCAGUGCAGUUUACUGGUGACACUGAGAAUAUUUCUAUUCUGAGGCAUGACAAAAUUUAAUAGCAUUAAACCUUGAAAAAUGUAUGAAAUACUAAUUUAUUAAAUUCUGUGAAAUUUUAUAAAAGAUUUUGUCGCAUUAAAGGGGCACUAGGUACGAGAUAUAUAAAAAAUCUUAAAUAGGAUUUUUAGACAAGUCAAUAUUUCGUCUUUAGUUACAACAUGUCAGCUAUUGAUUUGACAGUAAAUAAAUAUAGUAACCAAUAAAAAAAAUGUUACACAAAAAAUACAAUAGGAUAAUGACUUAAUGUUUUGAAGAAAAAAGUGAAUUUGUAUAUGAAAUAGCGUUUAUAGAUAUAUCUGCAUUUUUAUGCAAUUUCAAAUUAUUCAGAUACAUAUAUUGUAUAUGAUAAAUAAUGUGAGAGUUCAAAUUAAUGGAUGAUAUUGUAACCUUUGCAUUAGAAGAUUAGCUUUUCAAAGGAAAGUCAUUCUUAUUCAUUAAGAACUUAAAAAUCGACAUUUAUUUAAUGUAUGCAGGCUAUCCUUAGAAUUCUGUAACAUUGUUAUUCUUGAUAUUUAUUACAAUUUACUAGCAUAUAUAUAUUUAUAUUUUGUAAUUUUUUCUUUUGCUUUGUCAUAAUUACAUGUUUUGUACUUUUCAUCUUCCUGUAUUCUAUCUUUUUAUUUACUUGAUUCAUAAUGUAAGAGUGCAUGAAAAAAUGCUCUGCACAAAAAAAGGUUUAUUUUCCUAAUGAUGUUCUCAAAGUACAAUUGUUCAAUCAACAAGGUUCACUUCUUAGUUUAAUAAAUUGAUCACAGAUAUAUUCAUAAAACUAUUCAGUAAGAAUUGGAUGGUAUCUUCAAUCUAUGUUAACAUUUGAAAAUAUUUAUUUAAGUCUGCAUGAUAAAAAUAUUUAAAUUAAUUAUAAUUUGAAAAUGCCAGAUUUUUGUCUCGCCUUGAUGGAGUCAAUAAGCGAGACAUAUGUAUGAUGUUUCCGGCGGCGUCAACAAUGUAUUAGUUUGUGAUUAGGUCUAGUUUAUGGUGAACCACUAGUGGUGGGUCAAUGAUAUUUGGUAUGCAGUUGUAUUAGCAUUGGCACAUCUCAUUACCAUGGAGAUUAUUUGGCCCCACCCCCUCUGUCAAGGUCUAUUGACUUUGAAACUUUUCAUAGUUUACAUGUAUUAGUUUGUGAUUAGGUCAAUUUAUGGGGAACCACUAGUGGUAUGUCAAUGAUAUUUGGUAUGCAGUUGUAUAAGCAUUGGCAUAUCUCAUUUCCAUGGAGAUUAUUUGGCUCAGCGCCCUUAGUCAUGGUCUAAAGACUGAAAAUCUUGCUGAGUUAACAUGUAUUUGUUUGUGAUUAGGUCAGUUCAAGGGGAACCAUUAGUGAUAGGCCAAUGUUAAUUGGUGGUCAGUUGUAUAAGCAUUAGCACAUCUCAUUUCCAUGGAGAAUAUUUGGCCCCGCCCCCUCAGUCAUGGUCUAUUUACUUUGAAACUUUUGCUUAGUUUACAUGUAUUAGUUUGUGAUUAGAUCAGUUUAAGAUGAACUGCUAAUGUUAAGUCAAUGAUAUUUGGUAUGCAAAUUUAUUGGCAUUUGCAAGUAUCGUUUCCAUGGAGGUUAUAUAGCCCCACCCCUGGUCAUGGUUCGUUGACUUUGAAACUUUUACAUAGUUUACAAGUUAAUGUUUGUGUUUAGGUUUGUUUAAAGGGAACUACUUAUAAUAAGUCAAUGGUAUUUGGUAUGCAGUUGUAUUAGCAUUGGCACAUCUCAUUCCAUGGAGAUUGUUUAGCCAUGUACCUCAGUCAUGGUUCAUCGACUUUGAAUAUUUGCAUAACUUACAUGUUAAAGUAUUGCUAUUUUAAUUUCAACAUUUGCAUUAUCAAAAUUACAAAAAGGCGAGACAUAUCUCUGUGAUAGCAGUUUAUUAUAAAGAAUGGCCAUCCAUCUGACUUAUUGAUCAAGUUUCAGCAUCUUUUAAUGAACAUGUCGGUGUAAAUAAAGAUUCAUUAACUUUUGAUGAGUGUUUCUGUAUAACUUGCGAUCAUUUUUUAGUCGUAAAGAUUUAUUGUGCAAAGAGCAACAGAUUUUAUUUUAAAUUGAGACUUCUUUUUUAUGUAGUAAUUAUAUACAGUUGAUAGAUAUUGACCCCAAACAUAUGUAAGCUGGGUAAGGGCACUAAAAUACAGUUCUAAAAAUAGAUGAUAUACAAAAUUUCAUUUUGUAUAUGAUCAUAAAAAUAAUAUGUAAAAAAAUAUUUGUAAAAGCCUAUUCCUUCUAUUGAAAAUUAUAUUUGUUCAAAGAUGUAUUAUAUAUGGUCAUAUAGAUAUUAAAUUGAAACAAUGCACUGAAAUGUUUAAUUUUGUUGACUUGAAAAGUCCUAGGCCAUGGAUCUAUUGGUACAUGAUGUGCUAUGAACCAUUGAAUAUUUCAGAUGGAAAUUUGAAAUACGCAAUUUUUAAUCCCUUGAAAAAUCUUUUGAAGGUGUGAUUAUGAAUUUAUAAUACUGACAUCUCAGCAUUGAUAUAAUUUUGAUAUAAUUUCAUCACCUCACAAUAAUGUAAUGCUUAAUUCAACAUUAUAAAAAACCUGAAAAUGUUAAAAAUAGGUAGUUAAUGAACUUUGCAAUAUUGGAAUAGAUUUACAGAUAAAAGAUUCAAAAUUUGUAAAUUUUUCAUGUUUGAAUAUUUAAAAUAUUUUGGUCUAGUGUAUGUUAUUUGCAUAUGUGAUUCUUUUAACAUUGUUCAGGAGGAUUAAAUACUCAGUGUUUAACUAAAAAAGUGAUUAAUCAGCACUUUCUUAUUGCAUAGAAAUUUGGUUUUCAUUCUUUUUUUCAUUUCCAUAUAAGGCAAUUUAUAAAUCAAGGAAAGAUUCAUAUAGAUGAAUUAAUUUUUUGCUAGUUUUUGAGAAGUGAUAACUUGUGAUGAGGUCAUGGAGGUGUUAGACAGUAAGUUUACUAUAUAUGCAAAUUGUAUUGUAAAGAAAUCCUGUUAAAUACUAGGAUAUAUUUCAAUUAUGAUAGGAGAAUCAAUAAGGAUUGAAUAAUCUUAUAUUCUGUCAGCAUAAAACCUGUCAAACCUACAUGUAUCCUAGAGAAUUACCAUAGUUCACUAGUCAUGAAAAAAAUAGUCACAAAGAGCUUUAUUACUUACCUUUACCGUGGGUAUUAUUCACUAUUAUUUGCUUUGAAAAAAAAAAUCUCUCUAUUAGAAAAUAACUAAUAAAGUACAGAUCAAGUUUUAUUGUUGGAGUCUUAGCUUGAAUAUGUAUGGAGAUAUCUUUUCAAAAUCACCAAGAUUUUUAUAAGUCUGGAAUUGUUUUGAUAUGCUGUACAAGAAGUGUACCUUCUGCAUUUUAAUGAAUUUUUAACAUAUAUAGUAGGGCAUGGUGUAAAAUAACAAUGAAACAAUAUGCAGUUUGUUGAAGUUGAGGUAUUGUUUUGCAUUUUAAUUUUAUUUCAAAUAAACUGGUUUAUUUUGUUUUGAUGUUGUACAAGAAUUUUUAGAGAUGGUCCUUUAUCAUUAAUGUUCUAAUGUCAUUCACUUUUUUAUGUGUGGUAUAUGGUUACCAAGCAUUCCUUCAUGUUUAUAAACAUAUGUACAUUUACUUUGUUGUGCUUAAACAUUUAAGCAAAUUUGUAAUCAAUUUUUAAUUCUCAUUUUCAUUUGAUGGAUUGGUGAUUAGAGAUUGAAUUUUAUGAUAGAUUGAUAAUCAAUGUAGUAAAGUGAAAUUAAAGAAUUUACUAUAUGAUAGAGUAUUGUAAACAGUAAUAUAUAUAUAUAAUGCAUUUUUUACUUGACAAUGGCUUAUAUAAGUUGUUUACCUUCGACUGGAGUGUAUUUAUUUUACCCUUGUUGAUAAGAUACAGAAUAGUUGUUAAGUAUAAAUUUAUUAAUUUGAUGUUGCAAACUUUUAGGCAGAGUAUGUAUUUUAAUAUCAAAGGUAUACUGUAAAUUUAGAAAUUAUUGCAAUGUUUUUAUUAAUAAGAAAAAUGCGAAAGUAUCAAGUUCGCAAUAAUAUAAACUCACAUUAAUAAUUUCAGUAGUGAUUUCCCUGCAUGAAUUUUUUGCAAUUGCGUGAAGUAGAUUUCACAAUUCUUCAGAGGCCCAGGAUUCUUACUAAUAAAUUAAUGCAUUAAUUUCUGAUUUUACAGUAUAUAUUUUAGUUGACAGCAUUAACUUUUCUUGUUAGAAGCCUAUUAAUCUUGUAAAGACCAUAUAUAGGUCGUAUGUUUGUAUUCUGUUCAUCUUAUAGGUCUGGUUAUUUAAUAGAAUGUGGAAGAAAUGCACAGAUUUAUCUGACAAGAGAAACAGACUUGACUCUAUUUAUAGGGCAGAACAAGACCCUUUGAUUGGAAUGUAUUAUGCAUUUGUUAUAGAAUUCGUUCGGUUUUAAUAUUCCAUUUUACUGUUAUAUUUUCCUGAUUGUAAAAAGAUUUGACGAGGAUAACUCUCAUUACGAAUUGACAAUAGGAUCAAUAUCACCAAAUAUGAAGAUACUCCACACUGUCAGUUGAUAUAGGUGCUGUUUGAAAUUUAUAAAUUUUUAGAAUCAAUUUUUCUGAAUCUAAAGAAUGUUAUAGAUGAGUUUCCUGAAUCUUUAGAAUAUUAUAUUUAAAUUUCCAGAAUCUUUAAAAUAUGAGACCUAAAUUUUCUUCAAAAAUUUACAGUAAACUCAAUUAUGAUAUAUAGAGUUUCAUGCAUACAAUGCUGGGCUCUCACAAACUACUGAUUGUUCCAUAUUGCAUGGAAUUGUCCUAAACUUAAAGAAAAAGGACACAUUAGCAAUAUUUUCUUCUCAAGAUAUUUCAUAGGAAGUAAUUCCAAUUAAUAAAGGAUAUAAAGCAAUCCUCGAUAAAAACUUGAAAUCAGGAAAAUAUAACAUAAAUGGUGCAAGACAUGAUACCGGUGAAACCAUAAACAGUUGAUAUACUGGAAAUGUUAUUAUUUGUAUACACAUAAUAUUUUUUAUUUUUUGAUGUUUGAAAAAUAUGAACCUGCACUUCCUAAUAUACAGAAGUUAGGCACAAAUUAUUAUAUUGGUGAUUAACUCUUAUAGAAUUAAUUGGAGUAGCUAUAUUAUAUUUUGUUAUUUGGUUUGUGAUUUUUAUUUCUCACCACUAAUUAAUUUUUUUUUUUAAUUACUGCAAUUGUAAAGUACAUGUACUCCUUACUAGUCCAGUUUUCAAGCAAAAUUCUUAAAAUUCUUAAAUUGUCAAAAAUAUAUUAAUGGUAUGGUCAAAUUGAUAUUAUAAUGUUUAGUAUGAAUAUAAAGUCUACACAAAUCUGUAUUUCGUGGGACUUAAAACGAUUGAAAUAAAUUUUGAACCCGGUUGACCUUACGACAAUCACUUUUGGUCUGUGAUGUCAGACAUUUUCUGUUGCUACACAAAAAAAUAAAAAAAAACGAUUUUUCUUUUAAACUACUGACAAAUCAAGAUUGGUGUAUGAUUUUAUGUUGUCAUAAUCUGAUAUUGAAAUUAGAAAAGGUUACUACAUUUUGUAGUAAUUUAUGCGUAGAUAUUUAAAAAUUCAAGUGUAGUAACAGCUUUUACAGAAUGUUAAAAUAUUUUAACACGUUAGUUUCGAGACAAGUCAUUUUGUGACAAACUAUCUUCUCUCUAUUUCUAGAAACAAAACGGCUGUAAAGCAUUUAAGUAUUUAUGUCCCAAAAAACAACGGUGUUUAUAUAUAAAAACAAUAUUGCUGUUUUCCCAUGUAAUUCACUCAGAUUAUAUAGAUAAUUAAUUAAUAAAGUACUUUUGUAAUAUUCCAUAUUGUAGUAAUGUUCAAAUGACUGAUUGUAAAUGUGUUAUUAUUAGGCUGAAAUUUUCAUUUGCCACAAUUUUAAGAUAAAUUAUAACAGCUCCAUAUAUGUUAUUGCUGUAUGUAACUGGAAAACUAAAGACAAUUUUAGCUACAACACAAUCUCAACAAUUAGGCAAUGGUGUGACAGUUAGGUAUAACACAGAUUGCCUCAAAGUGGAUCAUUUUUUUGCGAGAUUGAUCAUAAAUUUUCUAAUUGUAACUAUUUCCCCCUUAACAAACAUCAAUCAAUCAAUCUUAUUAUAAUUUAAUGGUAUAAUGAAAAUUAUGAGAAAUGUGAUGCACUGAUAAAAAAAUCCAUUGUCCCUAUGAAAUGGUGAUAAAACCAGUCUAAUACAACCACAAGGUUAUCAUUUUGAUUCAAUAAACAUCAAAUCAAUAAUUUCAUUUGGGAAUUUUGCAGUUGAAAAAUGCCAUUAUGUUCUUUAGAUAAUUCUUCUCAAAAAAAGAAGACUUGUUAACAUGUAGCUUUUUUAUAUUUCUUUGCUUAUAACAAUUAUACCUCAUCACUGAAGAGCUUGCUAAAAAGGAAGUCUUUUUUUUAGAAGUGCCACACCUUUGUCAUUUUUUCUCUAGAUAUUAAAAGGAAAUGUUAGCUGUUGAUUAGGUUCAGUAUAUGUUUUAUUUGAUUUAUACUGCCUUUGAAUAUUGUAUAUUUAGAUCAUACUAGCAUACUUAUUGGAUAAAUUGAAAAAGUUUGAAGGAAGAUUUAAAAAAACAGUGCCUAAACAGUUGUUUUUCCUGUUAGUUUGUGAAGCAUUUGUAUAACUAUACUGAUAGUCAUAUACAGUUACAUAUCCUGUUCCCAAACCAUUGUUAAUUUGUUUGAUAUUGGUAAAUAAUAUAACUGCCACAGUUCAGGAAACUUUGGAUAUACUCAUUUGACACAGUAAGCAUUCAGAAAUUAGUUGAGCAAUGAGUAAAACUAUAUCAAAUAGAAUAUUAAGCACAUAUUCCCUUUCACUUUGUACUUCUUUUAUUAUUUUUUGUUUAGAACAAUUUUGAGGAGGAGGGUACAUGUACUUUGCAAUUGAUGCAUGUCAAUAAGUCUUGACCUUGUAAAUCAGAGAGAAAUGGAUAUCCAUACUUUCACAUCUAUUCUGAAAACUUAACUUCACAACUUGAGAACCUCUGUGGCCAAGUGGUCUAAGUAGUUCAUCUACAGUUUUCACCAGCCUGUCAACACUGUCUUGAGUUUGAAUCCUGUUCGUGCAGUUGCAAGUACAUUUAUUCCUCCUGAAGGUCAGUGGUUAUCUCCAGGUAUUCUGGCUUCCUCCACCAAUACAAAAUGGCUGCAACGUUAUAAUUAGGAGUGCUGAAAGUGGUGUUAAACACCAACAAUCAAUCGCACAAUGUGAAGUAGAUAUAGCUAGUUUGGGAAGUCUGAUUUCUUGCUAAAUCUACUCUAGGUCUUUAACACAAUUUGAAUUACAGAGAAAUACAUGAUACUUUUAAUACUAAUUAUAUACAAAAUUUCAAGAGGAUACCAAAUGUGUAAUCUAAAAUCACAAGUUUAAGAAAGACAAGACAACAACAUUGCAAAAUUGAAAAAAAAAGACAUCAACAAUACACAUAACUAAAGACUGAGCAACAUGAACCCCACAAAAACUGUAGAUGUUAACUUGUUUAAACAUACAUGUUUGUGUUUGUUGUAAUACAGAAGUUUAGGGUUUAAGAAAACCUAACUAGAUUAAACGAUUUUUUUAAUGGCUUUUUAUAUCUUUUCCCUUUUGCAUUCCAGGAUUCUUUUUAUUAUUCUCCUUCAAUGAUUAAAAUAUUGAUAGACAUACAUUUUUGAGGCAAAUUAUGCAUUUCUGAGAAUGAUUUACAUUAUUAGUGGUUACUUUGUACACUGUGUUGUUAUUUUCAUAUUUUUCUAUCCAAGAAAUCCUACAUUGUCAAAAUUGUUAUCAAUAAAGCUAUGCCUUCAAUCA